AUGUCUAUAAAUUUAACUGAGUUGAAAAAAAAAGAUGAAAAUUCGCUAGAUUUACAAGAUCAAUUAUCAAAUGAAUCCAUCAUAAAUCAUAGAAAAAGUAAUAAUUCAACACCACAGUCAGUAAUGUCGGACAGUGAUGAUAACAAUAAUAACGAAAUAGCAACAAGAGGAUUUAGUCGUUUUCGAGAAAAUAGUGUUAUUUCGAUGGAAGAUAGUAAUAGUAGCUUACCAACCACUUUACCUCUUAAUAGCCCACCACCUAGUGAUUCAAUCGCAGAAUAUUGCGCUGAGUCUCUUUAUAGUUAUAGUUUUACCCCAUUGUCAAAGGUAAAUAGAGCGGCAAGAAUUAAAAGGCAAAUGUUGAAUCAAGGAUUGGACUAUAUGCAACGUAUUCAAAGUAGACGUAGAUUCUCUCAGCCUGAUAUCGGUAUUUUAGACUAUCAUCGUAAUAGCAAUACUCUACUCAAUGAUACCUGGACUUCUUCUGAUACAUUUCAAAAUGAUAAUAAUAAUAAUAAUAAUACGAAUUUAUCUUCCUUCACAAAUGAGGCGAAUGAGACCUCGUUGAAUUUAAAUACUAUUACUUCUUUUGCUGCACAACAUCCAUAUCAUCACCGUCCAUCCCCAAUUAUGAUUAACAAAGACUUGAAAGACAAUUAUAAAGAGCCUCAGUCUGCAUUACCAUUAAGUAUCAAUAAUAAAAUGACUACUUUAUUGGACAAUGUAUUACCCAUCGAUUCUCCAAGCAGCAACUUUAAUGAAACAGACGAAGAGGAAGGAAAUUUUAAUUUUUCAAGACGACAAACGAUCGGUGUCUCUAAUAAUUUAUCACCUAUUUACGAAAGUCCCAAGUUAUUAGCAAUAGAAAAUACACAGUAUGCAAGGACCUUACAUGCUCCUUCUCGUUACCUACCACAAAAUCAAGCCAUUUUAACAACAGAUGCUGAAGCAACCGUUCUAUUGUUUAACAAUAUGGCUAGUCUCUGUUUUGGUAUUGAUAAAUCCUAUGCAGGUAAAUCCAUUCUCACUGUUCUAGAAGAGCCAUUCAAGAAACAGAUGAGUAAUAUUUUAAGACGCAGACGCCAUUUAUCCUCAAUUGCCAGUCAAUUACCCAUGACAACUAGAGAGAGUCGUUUAGAGAAAGGACUUGUAUUAAUAUGUGGUGUAGUCGUUCCAAUUAAAAAGAUGACAGGAGAGACAUCAGCUGCAUCACUUUGGUUAAAAGAAAAAUUAGCCGAUGAGGGUAAAAGUAUUUAUAUUUGGAUCUUUGAGGAAAUUUAUGAAACUUCAUUAACGGUUCAACUUGAUGAUAAAGGGAAUAUAACUGAAAUGAUAGGCACAACAAAAUCAUUAUUUGGAUAUGAGGCAGAACAAAUUAUUGGAAGACCUAUUUCACAGCUUAUACCAGCAUUAUCAUCAACUACGAAUGGAUCUAACAUAUCAGAUGAUAUUGAUAAACUUAAAUUUUAUGGUGGUCUAUCUGAAAGUGGUAUUUACUUUCCUACUAUGUUGUUAAAUACAAGCUCAUCUUUACGCAAUAUGAUCAAAAUCGUUUCACUUCCUUCUAUUGCUGGACUUAUUACUGUACAUCAUAAUACUGGGAAAAUACAGAGUAUUAAUCCUGUGCCCUCAAAGUAUUUGUUUGGCUAUUCUCCAGAAUCACUUGUUGAGAAAGUCAACAUUAAUCAAAUCAUACCACAAUUUUCAAAUAUCAUAGCUGGAUUACGUCGCUGCAAUCUAUUGCAAUACGCUUGCACAGUAAAUAAUCAUGCCUGUCGUUGGGUUCUUUCUGAUAGGUCUCAUAAUAUGAGUUCUGUUCAUAAUAGAACUUCUUUAAAGGAAUCAUUAAAAUCAUUAGAAAGACAGCCCUCUGUUAAUAAUAACGGACAAACUAUUUUACCCCAAAUCUAUGUAGUUCAUCGAGAUGGAAGCCAAUUUGAGAUUCAACUUCAAUUGAGACUGAUUGAAAGCGAAGAAGAGGAUUUAAUCAGUGUUUGGGUUACAUACGAUCGUAUUUACUCAUUUAAACGAUUUAAACGUGCUGCAAUAAUGUCCUCUAACAAGAUUCAGUUAAACAAACAAAACAGAUCCGAUUCAGAUAUUACAUCCAUCGAUACACUUUCACACUCUCUUCAACAUACCACCACCACCACCACCACCACCACCACAACAACAACAACAACAACAUCAGCAGCAGCAGCAAAUGAUCCUAAUAGAACGACUCAAAAUGAAAAAUCAAUAUCAUCAAAACAAGAAAAGCCAAAAGUAAGACCACCUAUUCGACCUCGUGGUAUUUCCUUAUUUGGAUCAGUGGAUCGAAAUAAAGCAUUAUUUCCUGAAGGAUUGAAUAAUGAAGAAGAAGAAGAAGAAAAGAAACAGUCAAGGAAAGAUGAUGCCCAGUCAUUGGAAGUAGCUGAAAAUAAAAAGCCUCAUCAUCCAUUGGAUGAUUAUAUAAUUAUUGGAACAUUAGGUGAAGGAGCUUAUGGUACAGCAAAGCUUGCAUACCGUAAGGAUGAUAUUAAACAGACAAAAGUGGUCAUCAAGUUUAUUGCAAAGUCUAGAAUUGUUGUUGAUUCUUGGAUUCGAGAUCGAAAACUUGGAUUAAUACCUUUAGAAAUUCAUAUUUUAAAAAAGCUAAAAGAGCAUCCUCAAGUAAAUUGUUGCGCGUUAGAGACAUUCAUGGAAGACGAAGAUAUGUAUUAUGUUGUAACGAAACUUUAUGGAACGAGCAGUAUGGAUUUAUUUGAUUAUAUUGAAUUGAAUGAAAAAAUAGAAGAAAAUGAAAUUCGCAGCAUAUUUCGACAAGUAGCACUAGCAGUAGCCCAUAUUCAGUCGCUUCAUAUCGUUCAUAGAGACAUUAAAGAUGAAAAUAUUUUAUUAGAUGAAACAGGAUGUGCGCAUCUCAUUGAUUUUGGUAGUGCGGCCUACUUCAAAAAGGGUCGUAAGUUUGAUACAUUUGGAGGUACACUAGACUAUUGUGCUCCUGAAAUUCUUAAGGGAAUGCCCUAUGAAGGUCCUGCACAAGAUAUUUGGAGUUUAGGAACGUUAUUGUAUACGUUAAUAUAUAGAGAGACUCCAUUCUAUAAUGUUGAUGAAAUUCUUGAGCAUGAUUUGCGAAUUCCAUUUGUUUUGUCUGAAGGUUCACUGGAUCUAAUAAAAAAGAUGUUAAAUCGAGAUGUUGAAAAGCGUUAUACAAUCCAACAAAUAUUAGAGCACCCUUGGUUAAAGAAAGAUUAA